AUGGAUUUCAGAGCAUUUUCAAACACUUACAAUUCUGAAAGCGAGAUUGACAAUUCACGCUCUCAACCUUAUCAUUCCAAUGACAAUCGUCAUGAACCCGAAGCACAAAUCCGCAUCCGUGAUUCUCCGCAACAACGUGUUCAAAAUUUCCCAUACAUCCAUAACAAUGUGCCCAGAUCAUUCAUGGUAGAACACAUGUUGGAAAGUCAAUCAAUUCCUCACACCAACUUGCCAAAACCGCCAAAGCAGUCAACGGAACCUCUCAAAGUGGAACCCAAACGUUCAGACAGAGUUCGUGCAAAUAACGAGAAAAAAUCUUCUUCAAACAAGAAUGGCAAUCAUUCUAAACAAGCAGGCGAAACGGCUACUCUGCAGGCAGAAGCAGCUCGAUACACACCUGCUUGGCUUAUCACACAAGCUUUCAUUACCGGUGUUCCGAUUUGUGAUAUUGAAUUUUACAUCGAAGAUGAGGAUGCUAGCGCUUUUGCAAAUCGAACUAUUUUGGAGUAUGCAUGUCCUCAAUUGUUAAAGAGAAUCUCAAAAGCGAAUGUGUUGAUCUUUAAUGCAAAAGCUGACAGCGAUGUCCCUCCUCCGCGACCACCAAGAACGGACGCAGGCUACAAUUUCAACUUUAUGCAAGAAUUUACGCCGGAGAUGUAUGAGCAUGACACUUCAAGAUUGACGCAAACACAAACGAAUCAAACGCAAUCGAGAGAGCGUGGUGUCAAUCAUGAAAGUCAAAAUGCAAACUCUGGCCCAUUUCAAUGGUUAAAAUUCAAUAAUUCUGGCAAAAGAAUCAUGAGGAGGAACACCUAUUCGCCAUCAUUGGAAACGCCUCGUUUGGUUCCGACUCCCGCUCAGCCUGUUCAGACAUUGCCGCCACUUGCUCAACAACCCAGAUCUGACCGUAUUAACGUGCUGGGAUGCACGAUGCAAUCUUUGCGAGCAUUGCUGUUCUAUUUGAUCACAUUGCAAUUUCGUUUCUACAUUCCGAGCCGUAACGGUUCAGGAGGAGGAAAAAGCAGUUCAAAGAGCGCAACAUGGACACCAAAAAGCAAUCAUCCCGAUUCGAAAGAAAUGAUGCGAAAUCCUCCUCCGUUCAAUGUUCAAUCUGCCUAUGCAUUAGCAACCGAUUUAGGCUUAGAAGAUUUGCAAAGUAAUGCACAAUCAUUCUUGAUGGCAAAUUUACAAGCGCAUACAGUUUUAGCACAAUAUUUUACGCCAUUUUGUCAACGUUAUCCACCUAUCCGUCGUGGAAUUUUAGCAUUCAUCGAAGCACAUUGGCAUGAAGUUCGUCAAAAGACCGAAUCACAAGAAGCUUUAAUUCGUUUGGCUCAUGGUGAUUUUCCACAAUCACAUGCGGCUUUGUUCAAACUUUUAAGUCGAUUGGACGUUAGUAAAAUUCCACCACCACCUUCUUCUCUUGGCUAA